AAAAAAGGGAAAGAAAGAUAAUCCCAGAAGAGAUGAGAAGAGAGAGAAUGAAGGAGAAGGAAUGAACCUCUGAAUAAAAGGAAAAACAAAAAAAAGAAGAAAUUUUCUUAUUACCAAAAAUCAAAAAGAAAAAAGAAUCAGAGAGAGGAGGAACAUACAGGUUGCAGCUUGCCAAGCAUACACUCACGGCAGAUUGCGUUAGAGGGAUCUUUCUUCUCUUGAAUUCUUGAUCUCUUCUGAUUAAAGAGAUUGCGUAAGAUUAUAUGGGGAGGGCUCGUUGAUCUCUUCACCGUUUCUUUGUCCAAGAUUCUAGAUAAGUCCGGACACCAUGAAGAAUAGAGAUGGAAAGCCAAAUUCUCAAUCAGAAAAAAGUUCUAGGACAGUCCACUUGGCGAUAAUGUUUGUUGUGCUGUGUGGGCUUUCUUUCUACCUUGGAGGAAUCUUUGGUUCUGAAAAGAACAGAUACAAUACUAAUGACAUUAGUAAAGUUUUUGGAGGUUCCAAGGAAGCGUUGCCAUGUGCUCUCCAAGUCAAAACUGUAAACUUCUCCGAAUGCAGCCCAGAUUUGCAGGAUUACACACCAUGCACGGAUCCGAAGAGGUGGAAGAAAUUCAAUGUUCAUCGACUUGCAUUUCUGGAGCGCCAUUGCCCUCCAGUGUUUGAAAAGAAGGAAUGCUUAGUUCCUCCACCUGAUGGUUAUAAGUUACCGAUCAGAUGGCCAAAGAGCAGGGAUGAAUGUUGGUACAGAAAUGUACCAUAUGAUUGGAUUAACAAACAAAAAUCAAAUCAACAUUGGCUGGUGAAAGAAGGGGAAAAGUUCCUCUUCCCCGGUGGUGGCACUAUGUUCCCGAAUGGUGUGAGUUCCUACGUUGAUUUGAUGCAAGAGUUGAUUCCGGAAAUGAAAGAUGGGACCAUCAGGACGGCCAUUGAUACUGGAUGCGGGGUUGCUAGCUGGGGAGGUGAUUUACUAGAUCGAGGAAUUCUAACCAUCUCUCUUGCCCCCAGAGAUAAUCACGAGGCUCAAGUGCAAUUUGCACUAGAACGGGGAAUUCCUGCAAUGCUUGGCGUCAUUUCAACACAACGACUUCCUUUCCCUUCACUCUCUUUCGAUAUAGCACAUUGCUCAAGAUGCCUUAUUCCAUGGACUGAAUUCGGUGGAGUUUACCUCUUAGAGAUACAUCGUAUUCUCCGACCUGGGGGCUUCUGGGUACUUUCUGGGCCCCCAGUGAACUACGAGAGACGUUGGAGGGGAUGGAACACGACAAUUGAGGUUCAGAGAGCAGAUUAUGAGAAGUUGCAAGAUUUGCUCACAUCAAUGUGUUUUAAACUGUACAACAAGAAGGGCGACAUUGCUGUUUGGCAGAAAUUAUCAGAUAAGAGCUGCUAUAAGAAGCUUGAGGCCCCGGAUUAUUACCCACCAAAGUGUGAUGAUGGUAACGAACCUGAUUCAGCAUGGUACACUCCGAUUAGGCCUUGCGUAGUCACUCCAAACCCGUAUUACAAAAGAGUAGCAUUAACAAAGCUAGCCAAAUGGCCCGAACGACUAAAUAUUGCUCCUGAGCGCCUUUAUGAUGUUCGUGGUGGAAGUAGCGAUGCUUUCAAGCAGGACAAUAAGAAAUGGGAAGUACGGGCAAAACACUACAAGAAGUUGCUCCCAGCAUUAGGAACUGAUGAGAUAAGAAACGUCAUGGACAUGAACACUCUGUAUGGGGGUUUUGCUGCUGCUUUCAGCGAUGCUCCGUUGUGGGUCAUGAACGUCGUUUCCUCGUACUCUGCAAAUACACUUUCUGUGGUUUAUGACAGAGGCCUCAUCGGGACUUUUCAUGAUUGGUGUGAGGCUUUCUCAACGUAUCCUCGAACGUAUGAUCUUCUUCAUCUUGAUGGCCUUUUCACCGCUGAGAGCAACAGGUGUGAGAUGAAGUACGUUUUACUCGAGAUGGAUCGUAUCCUCCGCCCCAACGGGUAUGCGUUGAUCCGGGAAUCCAGCUACUUCAUGGAUUCUAUAACCGCAAUAGCUAAAGGUAUGAGAUGGGAGUGUCGUAAGGAAAACUCGGAACCUGAUGCCAAAGGGGAAAACAUACUGAUUUGCCAGAAGCAACUCUGGUUUUCCUCUCAGCAAAGUUCAAGAUGAUACGGAAAUCGAGAAACACUACAUGUUCUGGGGAUAAGUUUUCAUGUAGAGAUCAGAUAACAUUAUGUCCAGACUACCAUAGGAGAGAAUUAAGGUAUAAUACUACUCACAGGAAUGAUUUUGUGGGGCACAAACCUCUCAACUGAAGAAGAAUUUGGGUACAUAUAGUAACUGCUUUUUUGUACUGCUUUCUGCGAAUUCUUCUUCCAGUUUUUAGUUCAGUAUAAAGGGUUAACUGUGCUUUACCCUCUCAUGAAAAUACUAAUAGCCAUAAAAUCCCGUCGAGCAAACGGAAAGGCAACGUCCCACAUCACGGGGUUGCUUUUCCGUUUCUCCAAAAGUUCAGGGGAUCGCAUUGUUCUUUCAUUUUUUAGGGGUUUGUCUUCGGCUUAUUAGUAUUUUUACAGGGGGGUUUGUUGUAAUUUUAUUUUUUAAAUCUUAAUAAAAGAUGUUAUUUCAAGAUCCAUGGAACCUCGACGGGCAUGUUUAAGUGUUGACGUUGAGGUUUCAAAGAGUCGUAAUA